CUGCCCACCACUCUCCCGCCCUUUCUUUAAACCCCCUCAUUCUUUCAAUUCGAUUGUUUGUCUUUUUCUGUCUUUUCGGGUUCCAGUCGUUUCUUCAAACAUUCGCUUUCGACGGUCAUUUUCGCCGUAUUGGUUUUUUCUUGGUUUUUUUCAUGUCAUGAUGAACACGGGUGCACAUCCCUAUGAAUGGUCCGCUCUUCAUCGCGCAGCUGCUGCCGGUGACGACGAUGGCGUUCGGUACGCUCUACGGUCAGGCGCCGACGUGAACGCGUUGGAUAGCGCGGGGAAAACAGCGCUCAUGUGCGCUAUUGCUGGUGAAAACUGGCAAAGUGUCGACCCCGCCGACUCAAGUUUCCUCACGCCUGACCGUAUCUCGACUAUCCGCACCCUCCUCAACCACCCGAAAAUCUCACUAUGGUCACUAAACGCGCCUCACGCGUCUAUGAACGGUGUCGUCCCGCUCGGAAUGGCCGCUUGGCUGAACCUGCCGCGCGUCGUGCGCCUAUUGCUCGAAGAGAGCGCCGACGCUGUCUCUGUUGACGCUAUGGAUUCCCAUGGAGCCACGGCCUUGAUGUACGCGGCUCGUGACGGAAACCUAGAAGUGGUCCAGAUACUGCUCUGCCAUGGCGCACGCCCAGAUUUCCGAGACAGCAAUUACCGUACAUCGAUCCAAUUUGCGUUGCCUCAUGCACGCAUACUAUGGCUAUGUGAGGUGGUCUUGAGACGCCAUAGAUGGCGCGAAGCCAGUUCCGCGGACCGCUCUCAAUCACCCAUCUCCGAGCAUAUUCUUCAGCUGUCUGCCCUCUCCCUGCCUUCUUGCAACGAUCUUGAGCCUCCGCAACCCGCCAUUUUCAAUCCCCAGGCAAUGUCAAGGUUGCUCACCACCCUCGUCUCAUCCAUCCGUUCCGGAGAUCUGGACUUCCUUCAUUCGCUUCUCUUCUCUCCCGCAGUUCCCGCGUCUUCGCCAGCUUCAUUGUAUCCAAUGUCCGUCCCUAUCUUGGUCAACUUCCCUGAUUCGAAGGGCUGGAGUCUUAUCCACCAUGCUGUGUCUCUUCCUCGCCCAUCCAUCGACGUCAUCGAUUCGCUUUACUGUGCCGGAGCGGACACCGCCCUGUUCACUGCCCACGAACAAUGGACUCCCUUGCACAUUCUUGCUCGAUCUGCAACUGUAACACCAGGCCAACAUGAUGACGCUGCAUCCUUGUAUCAACUUGUUGUACAUCUCAUUCGCGAUCUGCGUGCGCCGCUCUCUGCUCGCGACAAGGACGACGAGACUUGCAUUCAUAUCGCCGCCGAACAUGGUCAAUCGCUCGAGUUGCUUACCUAUCUGCUCGAAUGCGACAAAUCUGGCACUGUCCGACAGCUCAAAAACUCUCGCGGCUUGACACCCCUACAGGUUGCCAAACCUGAAUUCCUUGCAGCGUUUGGACCAGACAUUGGGAUCCUCCAGCUCAUAACGCCCAGCCUCGCCGGCAUGUCUGUGACCUCCAACGACUCACUCGCCACCCUUUCGGAUUCCAUCGACCCUGACUCUGUUCAAGAUGCCACGUCGUCCACGUCGUCCGUGUGCUCCCCUUCCCAAAUCGACGCCACCCUGACCUCCCAACUUCUAAUCACGAAUCUACGUCUCUCAUCCCCCGAUGGCCACCAUGUCAACGAGCCUGGGCACCUCCGCAAGCUGGAAAGCAUAUUGGCUGAUUCUCGGCAAAAUCAGCAGAGACUGGUUCAAUAUUUCCGGGACAGGAUCAAGGAGGCCGAGACGGAGCUUCAAGAGCUGAAGAAAAACGCCCAACGAGUGGACUUCCUACGCGAGACGGUUGCUACAGCCGCUUCAGAGAAGCUCUCAUCGAAGGGCAUUCAACCUCUGCCUCCCAAAGUUUAUCAUCGCGAUUCGGAAGACUCUCAGAGCACUGCGGUAUCACAAGGCUCAUCUCGCGACUUUUUGCUUCUGCCAUCUCCAGUUUCUCAUCAGGCACCUCCGCGGCUUCGAAUUAACACCAAGACCCUAAACGGACGUCCGUCUGUUCCAACUUUCUCAAGUCUGUUCCAGCAAUCGGAAUCCCCCAGUCCAUUCAUUUCUCCCUAUUCCAGCAAGGAUAAUUCCCCGCUGGAUGAGGACCACAAGGUGUAUCGUGAUUCUCGACUUGCCAUGUUCGGCCGGCGCUCGACACCUGACCUUCGACAAUCCAAAUCGGACUCGCCCAAGAAAAAGAAGAAAGAGUUGGAGCAGGCGAAGGGAGAGAAAGGCCUAUCAGGAACGAUGCGCUUCAAGGCUUGGUUGAAGAAGAUGGUUCAUCACGAGGACUUGACGCGAUCCCAGCUCGCUGCCGACACCCAGAAACCCGACCCUGCUCCGCUCCCCACCAUCCAGGUGUCUAUCGCCGAGGAUAUCGAUCGCUGGGAUCCUGCAAUUGAUACCGCUUUGCGAACCUCGAUGGUCGUGUUGGAAGCUGCAGAGCGUGAUCUUUGCAACAUUCAUCUAUGCCUCAAUUCGGCGGAGCAAUUCAUUGGCCUUGCAAACCAUUCAGUCAACAAGGUUGAACGGGCCAUGAAGCGUGCCUUCAAGCUCCGCCAGCAAAUGAUCACCAAGCUUCGCAGCUCUAAACCAGGGUCCCGAUGGUACAACGGGGACAUCAUCGGACCAAACCACUCGCCCUCCUCCAGCCUGUUCCCUCCGCCUAGUCCAAUCCACCUCCGCCCCAGCAUCGCAUCCAUCUCUUCCAUCUCAACCCAGUCUUCCGUCGCUUCUGCGGCUGCCACCAUUACUGAGCAUGAUGACGAAGACACCCGUGUCAUUCGCCGCCUGCUCUUGAGGAAGAUCGAAGCACAGUCCUCUGGUGCUUGGGAAGAACUUGAAAAGGCCCUCUCGUGGCUACGCAUCGUCAAGGAGGUCGUCCGUGGCGUCAAACGAAGAGCAUACCUCUGAGCUUCAUUUACCCACUCUGCCCCUUAUCCAUCCACCAUUCUGAUUCACCCAUGCACAUCAUACAUUCUCUUCAUCAUCAGCCACGAAAAGACCUCAAUACUGCAUUUCACCCGGACUAUGAACUCACGAACCAUUGCCACCAUUUGCACAAUAUCAAUCCAAAAAAACUCUAUAUGUAUGUAUUAUUAUUGUAUAUAAGUUGCCCGCAUCGUCCCCAUAGAGUUUUCGCAAACCCCUACCUUGUUGUCCUUUCCACCUUGUACAUCAUUAUCGCACGUCGUUGUUGUUAUCGUCGA